UGAAAAAGGCUUUCGGAACAGUCCUGCGCAGUACACCUGCCUUUGCUGACCCGAUCUCACCCGACCUCUGGACCAUUCGCUUUGACCUGACCCCAUCGGCCAGACUGAACUACAAAAAGUUAUUAGUAGUCGACAUGGGUGACUAUGGCUACGUGGAGAUUGAAGUCGUCUGUGCAAAUACGCUGUGGUGCAGCCAGUGCAAAAGAUUUUUCCACAAUGACUCUGACAAAGACUGUCCUAGGAAUGAUAAGUACAGGAAAGCGGUAAGGAAGGAGAAGGUUCCAGGGGAGGAGAAGGGAGAUGUGGGAGAGAAGGGGAAAGGCACGGAUGAGAUACUCGAGAAGGCGGUGGCAAAGGAAAAGGGAACAGAAAAUCCCCCCCCCCGGCCCGUCCCCCCUCCAACCGUGAAGGCCAAGUUAAAAGUAAAGCCAAGGAAAGUCAGACGUCAGAAGUGGAAGAAAAAAGAAAUGAGAGAAAGCAUCCCCAAAGAAAAGGAGGUGGUUAGAGUAGAUUCAGCUUCUCCCCAGAGCAAAGCCGCAUCGAUCAACAAGGGGAAAGGGAAAGAAAGAGAUGAGAUGAAGCAGCAAGAAGAUGGGGAAAAAGAAGAAGUAGAGAAGGGGGAGAAGUCUGAACAGGAGCGGAAGGAGGACACCUCCCCGGGUGAAGAAGGAGAUAAACCCGGAAAAGAGGAGGAACCUGGGAAGUUGUUGGAGGAUGGAGGGAUGGGGAGCAGGAGCAGGGACUUGAAGGACAGCCAGGGUCAGGACCUUAUGGAGAUAGUUGACGAACUGGACCCGAAGGCCUUGGAGCUCCCUGCACAGAACCAGCCGCUCACGCAACAAACCCCCACCCCUUCAACUGACAAAGGGAACACAGAAGUCAUGAAGGUAGGGAAGGAUGGGGAGGGAGAGGGGGAGAUGUUACAGGGUGAAAACCCCCAAAGUGAGCCGGGAAAAGAGGUGGAAUCCGGGAAGUUGUCGGAUGAUGGAGGGAAGGGGAGCAGCAGCAGUGGCUUGAAAGACAGCCAGGGUCAGGACUUAAUGGAGAUAGUAGACAAUCUAGACCCGGAAGCCUUGGGGUUCCCUGCACAAAACCAGCCACUCACGCAACAAAUCCCCACCCCUUCAAUAGAGAAAGGGAACACAGAAGUCCUGGAGGUAGGGAAGGUUGUAGAGGGAGAGGCAGGCACAUUACAGGGCGACAACCCCCAAAUUGACGAACAGAAAAUUGAUCUGUUAUUCAAAGCAAUGGACGAACAAAGGAAAAGGGACCAAAAAGGAGCGAAAAGAAAGAAGAAAUCAGUUCCUAAACUGCAGGAGGGACUAUUGGCUGGCCAAAGAGAUUUUGGUUCGGAACCGACAAAGAAGAGCCGGUUAAACAAUGGUUUAGAUUGUUUCCGUCAGGUUUUUGGUAAGCAGUCAGAGAAGGAGGAGGAGGAGGACCCAGCACUCCACACAGGGAAAAGAACUCAGAGAAACAACAAGGCUAACUGGGAGUUAAGUUUUGCAGCCCCAAUGCAGACGUUGGACCGCAAGGACAAAAUCCGCAAGACAGUGAAACAAGUCCUGGUCCCACUAAUUUGUACGACUACYCAGUUGGGCCUGUGUUUUCUUACUACCCAGACACCGGAUGAAUCCCUGGAAUUACCGAUAGUGUCAGUGCAAAAUCAACUUUCUGAAGAUCAAGUGGUAAGUCUGACACAGUCGGUAAUCUUGAAAGGUAUGGGAGCUGUUACUCUUUUGCAASAACCAAGGAUGGGCAGAUAUUUAGUGAAACUGCAAGAUGGGGAAAAGAAAAUUCUUCAUUUUGCCUUUUUGAGCCUGAUAUCCUUGGAGGGCACAAAAGAGCAGUGGCUUCAAAUUCAUCCUCACUGGAUGCCUGGUGCCCCCUUCUUUGCAUCAGACACAGACUUUCUGAGAAGCAUCCGGUUGGGUAACGACCUGGAUGCCCAACAGGUGGCUGACUGGCUAAAUCACGCCGACGCACAAUCUCAGAUUCCUCCUAGUGGCCCAGUUAUCUACGAAUGGGACUCUGAAUCGGACUUUCAGGACAAACUGGAACAGGUGGUCUCGGACAUGGAAAAGGUGGUCUCGGACACAGAUUUGGUCCCUGCUGAAAACCGCAUCCAAGAUACAGGCGGCAUUGACCAUGAUAAUGGUCUUGCCGAACAAGAUUAGAAUAUUAUCUUGGAAUGUACGAGGUAUGGGGGACACCUCAAA